AGUCUUUCCCAAAUAUCGUUAUCGGCUCUCAUGCACAUUGCCCCCUCUCCUGCAUAUGGGUCACUCCUUCGUAGAGCGUCAAAUAGAAAGUUAAAGUAUCUUUUUUGUAUCAGCUCAGUCGGAGCUGUGGUCCACUUAAGGCAUGUAGCAGCUCGUGUUUGGCAGGUUUAAGGAGUGUCUGCGGUUACCCAGGAGAAAUAACACUAGGUGAGCACAAUCCAGCGAGCCGAACCGGUCAAGUAAGUUUCACUGUGAUGCUGGUUCUGAUGAGGCGCAGGUACACGUUUUCCUCCGAUUGAGCGUUUAAGCACCUGUAUACGUUUUGCCUUUGUCAUCCAUUUUAUGUAUUGACCAGUCAAACCGGGUCGUCCGUUUCGCGACAAAGCAACAAGCUCAAGCGAGAUAUUAACGUACAAUAAAACUUACGUUGAGAUAAGUUACAUCCAUGGUUGGUAUCGCAAUUUUUAAAGAGUGCGACAUUGUGGGUUAGAAGUAUUUCCACACUGGGCCAGGUAGCUUUGAAUUGUUAUUCUUUUAAAUCAUUUAAAAACUGCCUUCUAUGUUUACCUGGGUUGUCUUUGUCUGUGAUUUACAUUUUUUAAAGAUUCUUAAACAUUAAUAUGUGGAAACUGCAAAAAAAAGUUAGAAUUUGAAAAGAGGUAAUAAAUAAAUCACAGCACUCCACAAUUGUCUGCACAAUUUCAGAAUGAGCAAGUUAAAGUGGGGUGCUCAAAACACAAUUUUGGUUUACGGACAUAACCUGAAGCAAUUAUUUGGACCCAUGUAAUUGCUGGCAACAUCCUGUUGCAUAUAGGAUGACUAUUUGCAUUUUAUAUAGGAUUUGCUUAGUUAUACUGUGAUCUAACCAACCAGAGUGUCCUCGAUUGACGUUGUUUGCAGGUUGAGUAGCGUUACUUUCAGCAGGGGGGAGGAGCUGCAAAAAUCUUCAAAAAGUAUUUUUUGUACUUAUUGCAAGUUAUCCAAUCGUUUCCAAAGCGCUAGUCCUCAUUAGGGUGAGCUGGAGCCUAUCCCAGCAGACUUUAAGCAAGAGGUGGUGUACACCCUCGACUGGUCACCUGUCAGUCACAGGGCACAGACAAACAACCAUUCACAUCCACACCUAUGGACAAUUUAGUCUUCAAUUAACCUAACAUGCAUGAUUUUGGAAUGUGAGAGGAAGCUGGAGUACCAGGAGAAAAUCCAGGCAAGCACAAGCAAAACACCACACAGGAAUACCAGAGCUGAGAUUCGAACCUAGAAACUCAGAACUGUGAGGCAGAUGUGAUGAGUAUCUCCACUGUGUUGUCCAUGGCAUGGUAUAUUUUCUGUAUUUGAAUGGUUGAAGCACAUUAAACCACACCAUGCCGCUGGCAGACACAAUAGUGGGUAACAAAGGCAGUUCAAUGAGCCAGCUGAGAACGACAUAGAUGAGUUGUCCCUCGGCUGAUAAAAGAUUAUUAGAACUGAGAGAUGACCAUGAUGACUACAGUAUACUGUGUAUGUACAGUACUAUAUGUCACUAUCAUCUUCCUAAACAGGUGUCCUCAGGCAUGCUACAAGAUAGUAUACCAAGUAGGCUACGUACCAUACAUUGUAGCCUACCAAGUCAAUUGACUGAAAGGGGGCAAACCUCAAUGAUGUCAUCCCUUAUACUGCUCAAAUGAGUAUGUGAAAAAAAAAAAAUCACAACACACCGCAGAGGUUAAGUGUAUGUACGCCCUGCAACCGGAGGGUCCCCGGAUGAUGUCCCCACCUUAGCGCAUGUUGUCGUAUCCCUGGGCCAGACACUUAACCCACAUUUCCUAUGAAUGAAUGCGGUCGGAUGUUUAGUUGUAAAAGGUUGAUAAAACCAAAUCAAAGAUCACAGACCAAAGAAGACAUGAAGACAAGACUCCCCCUUGCCUAACUAAGUGAUUCCACAAUGCAGGACACGGAUCAGGACCCAAUUUUCUGUCCUGACUACGGAGCUUUACCAGAUGAUUUAUCGGAAUUCAUGAAUGACAGUGACUUGGUGAAGAUGCUUGACACGGAUGGCCUCUUUAGUGAUGAUCCCAUGUUAAUUUUUGAUGACAACAACUUCAGUGACACUCCCUUGGCAAAAGAGCCAGACUCAUGCAGAAAUCAACAGGUAGAAAAAAUUAAACCAACGAGAGAAACAAAAAUUCUUCAAAAAAGACCCAGAGCAGCUACACUAUCAAAACACAGGACAACGGGAAAAAAGAAUUCCACACCAAAAAAACAAAAAGCUGAUGGUACUGGCGUGGGACCAGUGCAGAGUGAGGGGGAACUAUCGUGUCCCUCCACACCGCCACAAAGCAUCCUUCAUCUCCAACCCUCCAUUCAGUUUGUCACAAUCCCAGACAUUACAUUUUAUCAGUUUAAGAUGCGAACAAUCUGUCCUCCAGUUAUCAAACUUCCAUUCCCCAAUGCUGCUGCACCAGCAUACGUAUUAGUACCUGUACUUCCUUCGCCAUCAGCAUACAAACUCCAAGUGGCACCCUUUUCUCCAGAGGACAGUGCAGUAGUACCUGCCCUAAUGAGCUCUUCCCCAUUCGGAACAUUGUCAGACACCACAAGCAAAGUCAUGUCUCCACUGUGCAAUUAUGAGAGUGUAAAGAACUACAUUAAAAUCGCCAAAGCCCAUAUGCAUCAAAUCUGCGAGGAGAUGGAGCCAGGGCUAAAUUUGAGCUCUCAUUUUGUGGAUGUGCAAGUGAUUCAGAGAGAGAUGUUUUGCUCAGGGGAAAAAAAUAACAAGUCCCUGCACAAAGAACUGGUGUCCAUGGGAGAUAUGGACAGGCAAAAAAGAUUGAUUAAGUUGAGUCAGAUAUUUGAGAAUUCGAAUGGAAACAAACCCAAACGAUAUAUACUUCUACUUGGCAAAGCAGGCAUGGGAAAAACCACCCUUAUCAAGAAGCUAUGCCAGGACUGGACCAGAGACUGCAUCCCACAGUUUGACUUUGUAUUCUUGUUGAAUGACGCUCAUCUAAUCUCUUCAAGAAAAUCACGCUAUAGUCUUCAGAGCCUCUUACUCGACCUGCCCACCUUUGCCAUUUCCACCAUUAAUAUUGAGGAAGUGUAUGCACAAGUCCUUAAAGCCCCCAAACGUGUACUCAUCAUUUUUGAUGGUUUUGAUGAUCGGGACUAUGAAAUACUAUUUCAAGAAAAAGACUUUACAACCUUGUUAGAGAAAGACACUAAAGCAAAGGCUUUUACAGUUAGAAAGCUAUACUCUGCCAUCCUCCAAAGGGUGGUCCUUCCAGGAUCCAUUCUUCUGAUUUCUGCCAGACCAAGAGGCACUGCCUACCAUCUAGUGCGGCGACAUGACAGCCUUUUGGAGGCUAGUGGAUUUACCCCUCUAUAUAUAGAAACAUAUUUCUCCAGGUACUUUGAUGACCCUCAUCUCAGAGAAUCUGCUUUGAAAUGCUUAGAAAAGUGCAGCUAUCUACGUCACCUUUGUUGGAAGCCUGGACUCUGUCGACUGGUGUGCUUGGUUUUUGAACACUCUAAAGGUUCAGAGAGCCUUCCAAGAACUUUAACUGAGCUCUGCCAUCAAGUACUUUGUAUUAAAAUGAAAAAUGACAACUGGGGCUCUUGCACUCAGGCUAAAGUUCAAGCUCAAAUACUGCUGCAGUCUUCAGGACAAGACUCAAGCAGAGCUCAGGUGAUAAAAAGAACAAGGCGGUCAACAAAGGGGGAAAGUCAAAUAACAGAUGAGAUUAAGACUGCUCAUGGGGAAAUCUGUGAAAAAAAAAUUAUGUCCCGUUUGAGCUCUUUGGCCUGGGAAGGAGUGAAGGCCAACACAUCCAUCCUUCCCGAAGAAGUAAGCUUAUGCUCAAAACUCAAGACAUUCGGGCUCAGGAAGGGAGUCUUCCUCACUUAUCAAGUGAGGGCAAACAAGGUAUGCUCCCUUUCUGAGAGUGAGGAAGUAGAAGGAGAGAAAGAAAGGAUAUUAGAGAGUGAAAAUGCAGAAAGGCCAAAUCAACAAAGUACGGACUUCGAAGAAAAUUAUGUAAGUGGCAAUGACAUCUUGCUGUGGACGGAUCCCUUCGUUCAGAGUUACCUGGCAGGACUCCAUUUGUCCAUGAACAGAAAUGUUUGGAACCAGAACCUUUUCCAGAACCUCCCCUCCCUUUCUGGCCCAAAGGGACGUCGGCGUCCACAAGGAGAGAUACAAGAACUAACUCGGCGAUUUGCUUUCACCAUCCAGUUCCUUAACAGAACCGAGCUACACAGGCUUCAUCUAGACAUAAACCCCAACCAACGGGCCUUAAUCUCUGAACAUCUCAAGGGUCUUUCCCUUGCUGACCUGUGCCCUGAUCAGGUUUUGGAGGCAUGCCACUAUGUUUUUGAAGCAAGUUUCUCACAUGGCAACGGGAGCAGUAACAGUGAAAAAGCACCAUUGGUCACUCACCUGGCAGCAAACCUACCCGAGUUCCUCACAUUCCGUGGCGUUCCACUCGGCCCACCAGAUGCAUACGUUGUGCACAAGAUUCUUGAAAGGGCUGAAAAAGGAGGUAGAGGUUUUUCUUUGGAUCUUGAGGACACUGGGAUUCCAAUGUCAGGACUCAGGUCCCUGAUUGGUCUUGGCAGCUGCAGUACAUACAGGGCAUGCAUAGCUGAUGUAAUUGCCCUGUGGGAGCAGUUAGAGCAGAGUGGUGAAAAGAAGCCCCUUCAAAAUUUUGUGACCAAGUUCAAGAUCCACCCUCUGAAGGUGAUGCAAGUGUCUCAAAUAGAACAUCUGACAAAGCUUGUGAACAUUCAUAUGCACAGGAGGUUGUCAUACUGUCUCAGAGAACCUGAUCCCAUCCUAGAUGAGGGAGUUCCAGCAGUCAAGGAGCUACACAAACUGGAGUUAGCGAUUGGUCCAGAACGUGGGCCCCAAGCUAUCCCAAGGCUUUGGGAGUUUCUACCAAGUUUACAUGACCUCCAACACCUAGAUUUGGAGGGCAAUAACAUUGGAGACCAAGGAGCUGAGCAAUUGGCUGAUACAUUCUCCUCCCUCUGUUUUCUGCAGAUACUCAAUCUGUCACAGAAUUAUAUAGGAGACAAUGGGGUCAAAAAAAUGGUGACUACACCCAAGGAUUUACCCAAACUGCACUGUUUAAUCCUCUACAGUAACGUGAUUUCUGAUGAAGGUGCCUCCACUUUAGCCGCUGUCCUCCCUCACAUGGCAUCACUGACUGACCUAGACGUGAAGUAUAACAAGCUAUCAGAUGUCGGUGCACAAUGCUUGGGAGCCAGCCUGAAGGAAUGUAAGAAAAUGAAGACUUUGAGGAUGUGGAACCAAUGUAUUCCCUAUGGUGUAUUUGAGAGGCUUCAGCAGCAGGAUCCCAGGAUCCUUUGGCAUUAGUGCAAUUUAGACAACCAGGCUGACGCACCCACAUGCACACACUAAUUUCUGGUCACCACUUCACCAUAGGUAAUGUAUGUGCAGGCCAUAUAGAACAACAUACUUAGAAAGGUAGGCAAGGGAAUGCAAUCACAUGGGAUGUUAAUUGUCCAUGGUUGUUCCAAUAUUCCACUGAGUGCUUAAAUAAAUUGCCCCUUUGUCGCCAUACAGUUUGUACUGUAGACACUAUUGUUUGACACUGGACCAAUAAUUUCUCAAAGAUGACUAAGGUCAACAAAACUUACUUCUUUGUAUUUUUUUCUUUCUUGUAGAAUAUGCUUAGUUUUGUAUGUUUGCAGUGUUUAUAUAUUUGUUUUAUAUUGUCAACACAUUUAUGUCACUGCUUUCUCAGUAUAUUAAAAGCCAUGAUUUCCUCCA